AUGACUGCAGCAUUAAAAGCCGUAGAGGACUUCUUGUUCAGGGACUUCCUCAGUCGAACAAGGUUCACCACCAAUUACUAUGACAUGGAUUCCCAGCAGAGAACUUCAGAGGCGUUGGACAAGAGGUUCAAGGGGUAUCAGAAGCUAUGCCUCUAUGGACUUGGUUCUGUUUUCUGGGGAGCUACAACCGGUGUUCUGAGUAAUCUACAGGAUAAGCAUCCAGAUUGGAUUUUCUGGGGUAGCAUAUAUUUCGUUUUGUCUCUUGUGCUGAUGUUGAAUGGCUUGACCGCUGCAACAUUUUCAAGCUCUACUCCCUUAGCGCUUAGCACAGCUGGUCUUGGAGCGUGGACUGCAUACAUUUACAUGUUAGCUACAUUCCAUGUCGCAUCACUUCAGUUUCACUCCAAUGUGGAACAAUGUGCCUACUCAAUGAUCAUAGCAUCUAUUGCCGUGACGUUCCACUGGAGCUACAGCUCUCAGGAUCCGCUGGUCUUGCUUAUGCUCUGCAAGCUUAUUUUGUGGCUGCUACUCAUAACUCUCUAUGGUAUUGUCAUACUGAUUCCUUGGGGCAUUUUCAAACUAUUCUCACUGGUUCCUUGGACCAUUGGGUUAGUCAUAAGAUGGAAAUUCACCAAAGAGUUUUCUGUUGGCAAAGAAGAGUGCUCGCAGCACUACAACAGAGAGUGA